ACGUGGGGUGGAGGGCGCGGGUUGGGGAGCGCAGGGGGCAGCUGUAGCAGCCCGGGCCCCCGGCUGCGCCCGCGAGCCUCGGUGCUGCCCUGGCCCUGCCCGGCCACAAGGUCUAGCACCAUGGACUUCCGGGACAUCCUGAUGGUGGCGUCUGAGCAACAGGGACUCAACAUCAUCCCGAAAAGAUACAGUUUGGCAGUAGGUCCUCCUAAAAGAGAUCCCAAAGUCAAGGGUGUCCAGUCAGCAGCAGUGCAGGCUUUCCUCAAGCGGAAAGAAGAAGAGUUAAGGAAAAAAGCCUUAGAGGAAAAGAAGAAAAAGGAAGACUUGGUGAAGAAACGCAUAGAGCUAAAACAUGACAAGAAAGCAAGAGCCAUGGCAAAGCGGACAAAAGACAACUUCUAUGGUUAUGAUGGGAUUCCUCUUGAAGAGAAAGCAAAGAAAAAACACGGAAUUGAGGGGCCCACAGGCCAAGAAGCAGACCAAGAAUGCUCCAAUGAGGAGGACACAGAACCACCUUUGGAAUAUUGUCAGACAGAGUCAGAGCAUGAGGAGUUUGAGGAGUAUGAAGAGCAGGAAGCACCCCUGAAGACUAUAACAAAACCAAAGGCCCCCCUCAGAAGUGCCCCUCCACCCAUGAACUUCACGGAUUUACUCAGACUGGCUGAGAAGAAGCAGUAUGAACCUGUGGAGAUUAAGGUAGUAAAGAAAAUAGAAGAACGGCCCAGAACUGCAGAAGAACUGAGAGAAAAAGAAUUCUUAGAACGAAAACACAAAAACACAGAUAGAGGAAAAGAGAAAAAGAUGCUUGAAAGAGAGAAAAGACUAGUUCCUCCAACUGUGUCUAAAAAGAUCCCUUCUUCAAAAGAGAGUGUUAGUGAAAGACACAGAGGUCCUGGGGACAAACAUUCCUCUUCCAGGGGGAGUCACCUUCCCCAUAUAGGUGCUGAGAAAAAAUCUAGAUCUUUUGCAACCAGUGAGAAAACUAUGAGACUGCCAUCCAGUAAGUCCCAGUCAGGAGAGAGGACCAAAGCAGGCUCUGGAGAUAACUUCCAGCCCUCACCAAGUGAAAGUCACAGCCUCUUAUUCAAUGGGGCAGGGAAGUCCCGCUCUAGCUCCCAUUCUAUGGGGACAGGGAUCUCAAAGACUGUGGUUCAUGGGACUCAAAAAUCUAAUGAGCACAGGCCCUCCAAAUCCCCUUCUUCCCAUCCCAGCCAUUCCAAGUCUGGGGUUGUCUCUACUCCACAUGAAAAGACAAGAAAUUCAGGUGCCAAGCAGCCAGGGAACAGUUCUAACUCAACCUCAGGCCGGCCAGGUGUAGGGACUGCUCGGCCAGUCCAAAGCCCAAGCCCUAGGAAGCACAGUGGCAGCUCCAGCUCAGGACCUGAACAGCAAACCAGUGGAUCCAAACGUUUAGUUGGUGGCUCAGGCCCUAGUGGACGACCCAUGAGUGGCUCAAGUGGCCCUGGGAGACCCUCCAGCAACUCAGGUGGCCCUGGGAGACCCUCCAGCAACUCAGGUGGCCCUGGGAGACCUGCUGGCAGCUCAGGUGGUCCUGGGAGAUCCAUCAGCAGCUCAGGCGGCCCUGGGCGGACAGUCAGUGGCUCAGGCGGCCCUGGGAGGACAGUCAGCGGCUCAGGCGGCCCUGGGAGGACAGUCGGCAGCUCGGGAGGCCCUGGGAGGACAGUCGGCAGCUCGGGAGGCCCUGGGCGGACAGUCAGCGGCUCAGGUGGCCCUGGGCGGACAGUCAGUGGCUCAGGCCCCUCUGUGAAGCCCCGAUGCACAGUUGUUUCAGAAACUAUCUCUUCCAAGAAUAUCAUCAGCCGACCUAGCAAUGGGAUAAUGAAUGGGAUGAGACCCCCUCCACCUGGCUACAGACCUGCAGUAUAUCCACAAGGUACCCAGAGACCCCCCUUUCCUCCCAUGGCCCGGAAACGCUAUCUUGAGGAAGAUGAGGAUGAGGAGUAUGAUUCCGAAAUGGAGGACUUCAUUGACGAUGAAGGAGAGCCUCAAGAAGAAAUAUCAAAACAUAUCCGGGAAAUCUUUGGAUAUGACCGUAAUAAAUACAAAGAUGAGAGUGAUUAUGCCUUACGUUACAUGGAAAGCAGUUGGAGAGAGCAACAGAAAGAGGAAGCCAAGAGCUUGAGACUUGGAAUGCAAGAGGACCUCGAAGAAAUGAGACGUGAAGAGGAGGAACUCAAACGCCGGAAAGCCAAGAAAAUGAAACUGCGUUAGCUGCAGUUUUUUACCAUUGGGAGAAAAUACUUUCUCAAGAACUCUCUACAGACUGGAAAAAACCCCUUUCUCUCUUUGGAUUUUAUUUGGGGACUAGAGAAGGAGAUAUGUAAAGGAAGCACUGGAAAACAAGGCUGUGGUUUGAACAGAAAGUAUU